AUGGUGGACAAUUCCUUUGAGAAUUUGCUUAAGAAGUCGUGGCAUGAAAAUUCUAAGUUGGAGGACAAUUUGAUGUCUUUCAAGGAGGAUGUGAAUCAAUGGAAGAUGCAUAAUCUCAAAAGCAUAAUUAAAGAGAAAAAGGAGUUGAUUCAGAGAAUUAAGGGCAUUCAAGGUAUUGUGCAAAAUGGUAGAGACCCUGCAGGUUUGAGGAAACUGGAGAAGCACCUUCAAAUUAAACUGGCCAAGGUUCAAUAUAUGGUUAAUGGUGAUAGAAAUACCAAUUUCUAUCAUACUAAAGUUGUUCAACACCGUCGUAGGAAGGUGGUCAAUGUCAUUAAGGAUGGGGAAGGGAAUUGGAUUGACGCUAGUGGGAAAAUAAGAGAAUUGUUUAAUACCAAUUUUCUUAAUCUUUACACUAAGGAUCUUGCUGCUACUGCUUGGAGUAAAAUGCAUCAUGCUUUCUCGAACAUGGAUAAGCAUCAUAGACGAUCUCUUGAGGCUGACAUUAACAAUUAUGAGGUUCAGAAGAUGCUUUUUGAUAUGGCUACGUGGAAGUGCCCUGGGCCUGACAGUUUUCAUGCAGGAUUCUAUUAG